CGGGCGGGGGAGUGGGCCGGGGAAAGCCCGAGGGAGGAGGAGAAGGAGGGAGGAACUUCCCAAAGUUGCAAAACAUGGCUACCUUGCCUGCGGAGCCGAGCGCGGGGCCGGCGGCUGGGGGGGAGGCGGUGGCGGCGGCCGCGACCGAAGAGGAGGAGGAGGAAGCGCGUCAGCUCCUGCAGACUUUGCAGGCGGCCGAGGGUGAGGCGGCGGCGGCAGCCGGGGCCGGGGCGGGCGAAGCGGCGGCGGGAGUGGAGGGCCCGGGGUCCCCAGACGUCCCCGGGUCGCCCCCCGAGGCCGCUGCCGAGCCGCCCACGGGCCUCCGCUUCUCGCCCGAGCAGGUGGCGUGCGUAUGCGAGGCGUUGCUACAGGCGGGCCACGCCGGCCGCUUGAGCCGCUUCCUGGGCGCACUGCCCCCGGCCGAGCGCCUACGUGGCAGCGAUCCGGUGCUGCGCGCUCGGGCCCUGGUGGCCUUCCAGAGGGGCGAGUACGCCGAGCUCUACCGGCUGCUCGAGAGCCGCCCCUUCCCUGCCGCCCACCACGCCUUCCUGCAGGACCUUUACCUGCGCGCGCGCUACCACGAGGCCGAGCGGGCCCGCGGCCGCGCGCUGGGCGCAGUGGACAAGUACCGUCUGCGCAAGAAGUUCCCGCUGCCCAAGACCAUAUGGGACGGCGAGGAGACAGUCUACUGCUUCAAGGAGCGCUCCCGCGCCGCGCUCAAGGCCUGCUAUCGGGGCAACCGCUACCCCACCCCGGACGAGAAGCGCCGGCUGGCCACGCUCACCGGCCUCUCGCUCACGCAGGUCAGCAACUGGUUCAAGAACCGACGACAGCGCGAUCGGACUGGGGGCGGCGGCAGCAUGCCCUGCAAGAGCGAGGCUGAUGGGAACCCCGCUACAGAGGACGAGUCCAGCCCCAGUCCGGAGGACCUGGAGAGGGGCGUGGCUCCUAUGGCUGCUGACACCCCGGCCCAGGGCUCCAUAUUCCUGGCCGGGUCUGCCCCUCCUGCACCGCGGCCUGCCUCCUCCUCCAUCCUGGUGAAUGGGAGUUUCCUGGCUGCGGGCAGCUCUCCAGCAGUGCUCCUCAAUGGGAGUCCUGUCAUCAUCAACAGCCUGGCCCUGGGCGAGGCCUCCAGCUUGGGCCCCCUGCUGCUCACAGGGGCUGGGGGUGCCCCUCCCCCACAGCCCAGUUCCCAGGGGGCCAGCGAGGGCAAGACUUCCCUGGUCCUGGACCCUCAGACCGGGGAGGUUCGACUGGAGGAGGCUCAGCCUGAGGUCCCUGAGACCAAAGGUACCCAGGUGGCUGCUUCAGGGCCAGGCGGAGAGGAGGUCCCUGCGCCUCUGCCCCAAGUGGUACCUGGCCACCCACCUGCUGCCACCUUUCCUGUACCCUCAGGACCAGUGCCCUCUGUGGCUGCUCCACAAGUGGUGCCACUUUCCCCACCCCCAGGGUACCCUGCAGGCCUGGGCCCUACCUCCCCACUGUUGAACCUGCCCCAGGUGGUACCCACCUCACAGGUGGUGACCCUGCCCCAGGCUGUGGGGCCACUGCAGCUGUUGGCAGCUGGGCCAGGCAGCCCUGUGAAAGUGGCAGCUGCCGCAGGCCCUGCUAAUGUGCACCUGAUAAACUCCGGGGUGGGAGUGACUGCCCUGCAGCUGCCUUCAGCCACUGCCCCAGGAAACUUCCUCCUGGCCAACCCUGUAUCUGGCAGCCCCAUCGUGACAGGAGUGGCUGUGCAGCAAGGCAAGAUCAUCCUCACGGCCACUUUCCCCACUAGCAUGCUGGUCUCUCAGGUCCUGCCUCCUGCCCCCAGCCUGGCCCUGCCCCUGAAGCCAGACACGGCCAUCUCAGUGCCUGAAGGAGCCCUGCCGGUGGCCCCCAGCCCUGCCCUCCCGGAGGCCCACGCACUCAGCACACUCUCUGUGCAACAGCCACCAGCUGUCCCUGCCGCCACUGCUGCUGCCAGCCUGCCCUUCUCAGACUCCUCAGGCCUCCUGCCCAGCUUCCCAGCACCCCCACCUGAGGGGCUUAUGCUGUCACCUGCAGCCAUGCCCAUCUGGCCAGCAGGGCUGGAACUGAGCACAGGCACAGAGGGGCUGCUAGAAGUGGAGAAGGGGCUGGGGACGCAGGCUCCUCACACUGUGCUGAGGCUGCAGGACCCUGACUCUGAGGGGCUGCUCUUGGGGGCCACAGCUGGGGGCGAGGUUGAUGAGGGGCUGGAAGCUGAGACCAAGGUCCUGACUCAGCUACAGUCCGUGCCUGUGGAAGAGCCCCUGGAACUGUGACCCUGCUGGACCCUAUCACCUCUCCUGACAAUGGUGCUCAAGAUCCAGGACUGCCCCGGAAUAGGGCACCUCUCAGAAACAAGAUUGCUGCAAUCUGAAGAUUCCUCACACUACACCCCCUGAGCGGCUACCCUGUCCUAGGCCUGGAGGUGCUGGGGAGCACUCACCCCUGUCCACUCCUGUCCAGGGGCACUGCCCUCUCCUUGCUCUGCCCACUCCCUAUAUAUGGAGAGAUUUGGGGUCCUGACUCGGGCUCUGCCAAGUGGCCGGACUCCCAGCCCCCUCGAGCCCUCGCCCUAUCACUCCCUGAAACACUAUUAAUAGCUCCGCUGACAUCCAGCGUUCUCAGAAUGGCUUGGAAUCUGAGGGCGGAGGACGGGCAGUGCUGUGCCCAGAGAUGCAGACCCUCCCAGCUGGGCCCUUCUGCGGAGAGAGCUGCAGGUGUGGAGGCCUGAGCGAGUAUCCUCCCCAAGCUCCUCCUGGACUAGAGCGCCUGUCACAUCCAGCCCCAGACCAAAGAUCCCCUCACCCUGGGGCAACCUGAUCCGUGUCUAGUUUAUAUCCUAAAUCUUUAUUUUUCUAGGACAUGUUAUGCCUCCAUUUCAAUUAAAAUAAAGUUAACAAGAUAACUAGAA